ACACACACACACACAGGUUGAAGGAAGGAAGGAAGAAGGCGCUUGAACACGUUUCAAAUCUUAUUUGUCAUCACUUGAACAAGAGUAGAUUUCUCAUUUGUCUUUGCUUUGGUGGCCGGCCAAAGACUCGAAGCGACAAUGGCUGCUCUUUCAGCCUGGUUCUGGAACGAGAAGUUCUGGCUGCCGCACAACGUAACCUGGGCGGACCUUGCCGACCGGGCUCCCGGGGUGGAGUAUCCCAAAGCCAGACACUUGUUGGCUGUUCUCCCGCUGGCUGCGGCGAUGUUCGCCGUCAGGAUGCUCUUCGAGAGAUUUGUUGCCAGUCCAUGUGCGAGAAGCUUCCACAUUCACCCCAAUGUGGUACAAAGAGCUCAGCCCAAUGCAGUGCUGGAGAAAGUCUUUCUGUCCCUUACAAAGAAUCCCGACGCGCGCCGUCUGGACGGCUUGUCCAAGCAACUGGACUGGGAAGUGCGCAAGGUGCAGCGCUGGUUCCGCCAACGCAGGAACCAAGACAAACCCAGCACGCACGUCAAGUUCUGCGAGAGCAUGUGGAGGUUAACCUUUUAUGCAUGCAUAUUUACCUAUGGCUUCCAGUUUCUCUGGCAGACCCCUUGGAUGUGGGAUACACGCCACUGCUGGUAUGGUUACCCCCAUCAGGUGUUGACACCUCCUCUUUACAACUACUACAUGACAGAGCUGGCUUUCUACUGGUCACUCAUGUUCUCCCAGUUCAUUGACAUAAGAAGGAAGGACUUCCUGGCCAUGCUUGUUCAUCACCUGGCGACAGUGCUCCUCAUCAGCUUCUCCUAUGCCAACAACAUGGUGCGGGCGGGAACUCUGGUGAUGUGUUUGCACGACGCUUCCGACAUCCUGCUGGAGGCAGCCAAACUGGCCAACUACGCCAAGUAUCGGCGUCUGUGCGAUCUCCUCUUCAUCGUAUUUGGUUUGACCUUCUUGGUCACCCGGCUCAUCAUAUUUCCAAUGAGGAUCCUGAAUUCGUCCAUGUUUGAGAGCUGGCUCAUCGUGGGUCCCUUCCCGUCGUGGUGGCUCUUCAACGUGCUGCUGCUGGUGCUGCAGGCUCUGCAUCUCAUCUGGUUUUACCUCAUUGCAGGCAUCGCCGUCCAAGGCGUCCUCAAGGGCAAGCUGGGCAACGACGUGCGUAGCGACGUGGAAAGCAGCUCCGAGGACGAGUCGGCGACGGCGGGGGACCAAAGCAGGACCAAGAUGACCAUGCACGUGCAAAAGAUGAAGUCCAUUAACGGCUCACACUGGAUCUUAUUGUUGAUUUGUCAUAUGAGGCAAAGCACCCCAUUCCAAUGACUUUAAUGUACUACACUGUGCAACUUUCUUGUUUACUUCCUGUGAGAAUAGGAAUGGAUUUGUCACUGUUUCUAAAGCUGUAUUGAGCCAAGCAAGGCACACUGCCAAACCAAAAUGUCACAAAAGAUGUUGAUAAUGCCAGACUUGGUCGGCCUCUACUCAGAGAUGGCAAAUCCAGGUUCAGAGAAGUAAAUACCGUGCCACACUUUGGCUUCCGACGCAGAGCAAAAAAGACAAACCGUGGCAGGCUAUUUUCUUCAUGGAGCCGGAUCUGCCAUAUCUGCUCCACAUUACACGCACGUAUUUCCGGCUACAUUUGUGACUACAAAUGACCAUUUUGUGCAAACAUACUGUAUGCAGAAACCAAGAUCUCAUCCCAACUGUGGCCCUAUAUAGUUGUACACAAAGCUAUGACACUCUUCUGUUGUACGAAUGAAACCAGGUGCAUACACAGGUUAAUAUUACCUUCUGCCACCUAGUGGAAGUACAUUUAAUUCUUUAGUCCUUUUGUCUCUGGCAUAGCUACAUGAAUGAAAGUACAUUAUUUAUAGUAAAUAAACACAUUUCAAACCA